UUAACUUCAAAUAAAACACACUGUUCCGGCAGUUGCCGGGUGAAGAUAGCGUGUGGCGUGUUUUCGAUAUUUUAAUGUGAUAAUAGCGUAUAAAAUUUUUUUGUAGCGGACGCUGUGCAGUCUUCGUGUUUUACUGCGGAUAUUUAUUUGUGUUCACGCUCCACUUUUUGUAGACGUGUGGUUUACACAGCUGUCAAACAUGAAAUUCCAACCAGUAACACAUUGUAUAUUCGAUAUGGAUGGAACACUUUUGGGUGACAAUGUUGCAAAUGUCUCCACAUAUCUGAAAAUCUUGUGAAUUGGCUGGAGUCCUUCCAUAAGAGCUGAAGAAAUAUUAAUUUAACUAUUCUAACCAAGGUGGCUCAGUGGUUGAGGCAGUAGAUAAGCGUUUUGAAUGGGGAGGGACACGGAGAGGAUAUACACCAUUGCUACACAGGAGAUAUGCCAAAAAUAUGGAAAGACUUUCACAUGGGAAAUCAAGCAGCAGCAGAUGGGUAUGACGGGCAAAGAAGCGGCGGAACAUAUAAUUAAAGCCUUAGAUUUACCAAUAACAGUAGAGGAGUAUAUUACACAAGCACAGGCUUUAUACCAAAAACUUAUGCCGGAGUGUAACGUAUUACCAGGAGUGGAUAAACUGAUACAUCAUCUGCAUGAACGUGGCAUACCAAUAGCAGUUGCAACCAGCAGUGGAGCAGAAAGUGUGAAAAUUAAAACAAGUCAUCAUAAACCACUGAUGAGUUUAUUCCAUCACAUUGUGUGUGCAAGUACAGAUCCUGAAGUUGAGCACGGAAAGCCAGCUCCAGAUAUAUUCCUUGUCUGUGCUUCGAGAUUUGAUGACAAUCCGGACCCAGAAAAGUGUCUCGUGUUUGAAGAUGCACCAAAUGGAGUAAAAGCUGCACGAGCUGCUGGCAUGCAAGUUGUUAUGACUCCAGAUGAGCAAGUUAAUGAUGAUAUGAAGCAAGAGGCAACUAUUGCUCUCAAGUCCUUGGAAGAGUUUAGACCUGAAUGGUUUGGUCUUCCACCAUUUUAAGUUAUGUGGUAAACUAAUUGUGGUUUAUAGUCAAGCAAUUUAAGAUGCUAAUAAAUCUGUAUUUUGUUUGUUAAAAAAUUAUGGUACAAGAAAGAGAGUUCCUCUUGUAGCUAUAAACUAUUGUUGAUCUUACAUAAGCAACUUUUAUAAACUGUUGUUGACAUUUUUUGAAAAUGCUUUUUAGUUAUGUACUUAUGCUUGUUGUUUAGUGGGUUACAAUAUCACACUAUUGUGUGCUGAUUAAUAUGGGAUUUGCUUUUGGUCUAAUGAAACUACUUACUUUUUUGCAUGCAUCCUAUUUGUAGCUGGCAUGAAAUAAAUAUUAUUUUUCCCAAUA